AUGGAUUAUUUUGCUCCCAUUAUUGAAAAUAGAGAUGAAGAAGAAUUUGAACAUAUUGAUAAUCUUGACAAUAGCUUUGAUCUUGAUCAGGAUCAGUUUAAAAACUUUACUAAGUUACUCUAUUUAGCCAGAAAGUUAAUGAGUUUAGGUCUACACAUAAAUAAUUAUGCAACUUGUUCGGCAUGUAAUAAGUUGUAUGAACCUAAAUAUCCUAAUUACAUAAUGUCUAAAAUGAGACAACCUUGUAAUCAACAAUUGGCAAAAGAG